CACCGCAAGCAGUAAAUCACCCGUAAAGAUCAGGCUGCCGAAGACAUCCCGCAAUUGCGACACGAACUUACUUGAUUGUAUCCAGGCUCUAUAAGCUCCAGGCACCAUGUCGGGCAGCAGGCUCAACUUCGUCACCUUCAAUCAGGACCACAGCUGUCUGGCUGUCGGCACCGCCAAGGGUUUCCGCAUCUACCACACAGAUCAGUUCUCCAAAGUCUUCAACAGCGAUGAAGGGAAUAUUAAUAUUAUUGAAAUGCUCUUCUCGACCUCGUUAGUUGCUAUGGUCCGCUCUCCUCGCCACCUGGUAAUACAAAAUACCAAGCGUGGCUCCAUCAUCUGCGAGCUCACUUUUCCUACCUCUGUUCUCGCAGUCCGGCUGAACAAGAAACGUCUGGCGGUGGUCCUCGAACAGGAGAUCUACCUCUAUGACAUAUCCAACAUGGCGUUGCUGAACACCAUCGAGACGUCGCCGAACCCGCACGCUAUCUUCGCUCUUUCGCCCUCGUCAGAGAAGUGCUACAUGGCAUAUCCGCUUCCCAAGCCGCGAGAGGAACAGAACGAGAGGCGGCCUGCCCACGCCCCUCCUCUUUCCAAAUAUGUGCCGCCCACGUCCGGCGAGCUCAUCAUCUACGACACCGUCGCUGGCAAGGCCCUCAACGUCAUUGAAGCACACCGCUCGCCUCUGUGGCGCGUGGCGCUGAAUAGCGAGUGCACCAAGGUGGCCACUGCAUCCGAAACCGGCACGAUCGUGCGGGUUUUCUCCGUCCCGGACGGCCAGAAGCUCUUUCAAUUCCGCCGCGGCACCUAUCCCUCGACCAUCUGCAGCAUGUCGUUCAACCUCAGUUCCACCCUGCUGUGCGUGUCGUCGUCCACCUCGGACACGGUCCACAUCUUCCGACUGAUCAACGCGCAAAACGUCAAUGCAGGAGGCGGUGCUGCGUCCGAGCCUGAGACACAGGGAUCCCCUCGGAUGAAUCGCUGGUCCCGGUCUAGGAGCAUCGACAACGGCGAGUAUUCGCCAAGCAGCAAUGCCGGGUCAUCACCUAGCAGCGAUAUACCAGAGGCCGGCCCCAGCAGCAACAACGGGGGCAGCGCAGCCACUAGGAGGCAGAGUGGAACCUUUGCGAGCAUGCUUCGCCGAUCCUCAAACAUCAUGACCCGCAGCGUGGCCGGUGCCGUCGGCUCCUAUCUACCCCAGUCAAUGACAGAAAUAUGGGAGCCGCAGCGCGACUUUGCGAGCAUCAAGAUUCCGAAGCCGAAUAGUUCGCCUCUGAGCAGCGUUGUGGCCAUGUCCAGCAGCUCGCCCCAAAUCAUGGUGGCCACCAGUGACGGCAACUUUUUCAUCUACAAUAUUGAUCUGCAAAACGGCGGAGAAGGCGUCCUCGUGCGGCAGUAUUCUUUUCUCGACGGCAACGAUAAGAUGGAUUCCUCGGGAUACGGUUCGUAGGUGUUGACCGAUAUCGAAGAGGAUUUGUCCGGGAUAAUCGACAUCAUCUCCAUUCGCCAAGAUUUGGUUGAUGCAGAGGGCAAUGCUCCGAAUGCCUCUGUUGCGGUGACUGAUGCGGCUGAGGAGUACUUGUUGGGCAGUUUUUCAGACUUGGGCGUGGGUGAUGAUGGGGCGAGUGAUU